CAUUUCACAACUUGUUCGUUCCGCUCUCGUCGCCAUCGUACACGAGGGUUACUAGGAGGGUAUCGAAAUGGCGAAGAAAAAGGAUUCCGACAAAAGUGCCCAAAAUGACAGCAAGACAGCGAAAACCGACCCAGCCGAAGACGAAGAACCUAACUUCAGUGACGAUGAGAGAUAUGUUGAUGAUAUUUCCGAUGAAGAGUUAUUGAGUGAUCUUGUGAAAGAUCGUCCAAAUGAGAAGGAUGGUGUGGAUACAAUCAUAGUAGUCGAUGGUAUUCCUCAGGUUGGUCCUGAGCGUUUUGACAAGCUCCAGUCUGUCAUAAUGAAGUUUUUCACCAAGUUUGGUACAAUAAUCAAUGAAUAUUUCCCAAAAAAUGAAGCCGGCCACACUAAAGGAUAUGUUUUUCUUGAGUAUGCCAACUCAGAAAAUGCAGUUGAAGCAGUUAAUACAGCCAACAAUCAUAAGCUUGACAAACAACACACUUUUUUAGUUAACCUCUUCACGGACUUUAAAAAGUAUGAAGAGAUCCCAGAUGAAUGGGAGCCACCGCAGCCCCAGCCAUACAAGGAGCAGUCAGACUUGUACAGUUUCCUAAUGGAUCCUGAUGCUUACGACCAGUUCUCUGUAAUGUGUAACCGAGGAAGCUCUGUCCAAAUCAUGCAAAAUACAGCUCCUGAGCCCACUAAACUCCAGGAACGAUUGCGAUGGACAGAGACGUUCAUACAGUGGUCACCCCUUGGUACAUACCUAGCUACUUUCCAUGUCAAGGGAAUUGCCCUCUGGGGUGGGCCAGCAUUUGAGCAGAUUAUGAGGUUUGGACACACUGGCGUGCAGUAUAUUGAGUUUUCACCCUGUGAAAGAUACUUGGUGACGUACUCUCCCAGCAAUGAGAACAUUGAUCCCAAAAAAAUGGUGAUCAUCUGGGACAUCCGGACGGGAUUGGAAAAGAGAUCAUUCAGCAUUGACGGCACCAUGGUGUGGCCCAUCUUCCGUUGGUCCAAGGAUGACAAGUACUUUGCGCGUAUAGGCACUGACACACUAAGUGUGUAUGAGACACCAUCAUUUGGUCUUUUGGAUAAGAAGAGCUUCAAGCUCUUAGGUAUCCGGGACUUCAGCUGGUCACCUACGGAUAAUAUCCUGGCCUACUGGGUGGCAGAAGACAAGGAUGUGCCAGCCAGAGUAGUUCUUAUCGAGAUACCAAGCCGUAAUGAGAUUAGAGCCAACAACCUGUUCAACGUGGCAUCCUGUACGAUGCACUGGCAGAAAUCUGGGGACUACUUGUGUGUCAAGGUGGAUCGGUUCAGUAAGGUCAAGAAGGAGAAAGGAGACCAGCCCAAAUACAGUGGAAUGUAUUACAACUUUGAGAUUUUUCACAUGAGGGAGAAGAACAUCCCAAAGGACAGUGAGGAAGUGAAGGAGCCAAUCCAUGCUUUUGCUUGGGAACCAGUCGGCAGCAAGUUCGCCAUUAUACAUGGCGAGUCCCCCAACAUAUGCGUGUCCUUCUAUGGAGUUAAGACUGGGCAGACACCUACCAUGCUCAGUAAGUUAGAAAAACGAGUGUGCAACAAUCUAUUCUGGUCACCGAUGGGACAGUUUAUCGUGUUGGCUGACCUAAGAGCCAAUGGCAUCCUGGAGUUUGUCGACACCAACGAUUUCACUGUAAUGAACAACACUGACCACUUCCAGGUGACUGAUGUGGAAUGGGACCCAACGGGACGCUACGUCGUUACUGCUGUGUCUUAUUGGAAAGUCAAGGUGGACACUGGAUACUGGAUGUGGUCAUUCCAAGGGAAAAUCAUCAAGCGUAACAAUGUGGACGGGUUCUGCAACUUCUUGUGGCGUCCAAGACCUCCCACCCUUCUUUCAGCCGAGCAACAGAAAGAGAUCAAGAAAAAUUUGAAAAAGUACAGCCCACAGUUUGAGAGUAAAGACAGGAUGCGAAUGACUAAAGCUUCCAAGGAAUUAAUGGAGAAACGAAGCAAGUUAAUGAAGGACUUUGAGGAAAUCAGAAACCGCCAGCAGGAGAUUUGGAAAUCUCAAAAGCCCCGCCGUCUUGAGCUUCGUAACAAUGUGGACACCGAUGAGCUCGAUUCAGACAUUAAAAACGUUGAAGAGGAGGUUGUAGAAUUUCUUGUCAAAGAAGAAGUCACUAUCGUCGAGUAGUCGCCUGUAGUCUUCUCUAUUUGUAGCCUGGGAACCCUUGUUGUGGGUAUUUAAUGUGAUUUGAGCUUGUAAGUCUUGUUUGAACUGGGUUUAAACAAGACAUGAUUAAAAUUUUUAAAAUAAAUCAAUUUUGUAUGCAAGCUAUUUUAAAUCACAUUAGGUAUUAUAAAUUUUACCAUAUAACAUACAGAAUAUGUAUGUUAUAUGGUAACAGGGUUACAAAUGUUAAUUCUGCAAAAAAUAAAAAAUUAUUGGAGACGG